AUGGUGGGUUUCCCCUUCCAAGGGAUCGACCUCGAGAGGGUUGGGCAUCUGAUGAGUACCGAUGAAACUGAGAUCUCUCUCUCAGAUCUGCCAGACCUUACAGACCCAGAAACUGCCAAUUACUAUGGGGAAAUGUAUCUCAGAACACACGGGACUCCCCCGCCUCCCUUCCCCACGCUAGACCAACGCCACGAGGCGACAAUCCAGAAAAGAUGGCUGAAGAAGACAAGAGAGCAACGCAAGAAAGUCCUUCUCACUGCGUGGCCGGGCAUGUCGACCCAGCAUCGACCGGAUAUGGAGGCUCUCACUAGAGAGAAAGAUGUCGGUCCUACGAGAUUCAUAGAGGCAUACCAAUGGCCGCAUAUCAGCCAGGAGGAUUUGUUGAAACCAAAGCUAUUUCUUAUCUUCCUUAAUGCAAGAGGUCGCCAUUCUCCUUCAACCUUUGUGGGCUUCGAUAGAAAAUCAAUCCGAAUUGGUGAGAACGCCGCAAAAGCAAAGGUAGCACUUGUCAUAGGCUAUAACAUGAUGUCCACUGGACGGGAUAACCCAGACACCUAUGGAGAAUUGGCGAGUUGGAACGAUGGAGAUACAAUCACGCGGAUCAUGGACAAGCGACAAGGUCUGCAUGCUGGGGUGGGUCCCAAAGUCCUUGAGAUCCAGGAACGUCCUGAACCACCAGCAUUGUCGACGGCUGAAUCUGGUAUCAGCUCUCUCGCGGCUGUAACUGCGGAGGCGCCCUACCGACCCCCAGCUCGUCUAGACCUUGCUCGUCUCGAGAGGCUGAUUGCAGCCAAGAGGUCAGCAUCUCAAGAUCAUCUCCUGUCGCUUCGAGAAGACCCCAGCUAUUUUGCAGACGUAGUCCUUGAUACUAAGGAGCAUCGAAAGGAACUGCUUCCCGACAACAUGGGACGACGACAUUCCUCGGUGCGGCCGUAUCCAAAGAAAACUUUCUGGGACCGAGUUUUGCGAAGUGUGGUGGUAGACUCAUAUGAGAAUGUGAUUUUUUGGGAUUGUCUCCUUGACCAAAUCACCCAUUUGCAAGCAUUGUUGGAUAAAAGCAAAGAUGAUAUCGCGCCUGACAAAGACCUCCCAUUGGAGCUUCUGGAGCAGUUCUUGGAUUUUCACUACAGUCUACAUUUGUUUACUCAGUCCCCUAUUUCGAAACUGAGGAAGAUUGUCACUUCGUCUCCCCCUCUGCGUUCGCAAUGUGUAAGGCUGCAGGAUGACGAUGAUCCCAGCCAUACUUGCGUGAUCGCGAAAACGGGCACGAAGAGCAAACAAUGGCAACGUUUGAUGUGGAUGUUCGAGGUUCUGUUUCAUUCCAGAUCGCUGUACAUGGUAACUUUACCUACGCUUAUGGACGAAAUGGAUCGAUUAAUUGAGAGCGAACGGGGGGUUCGCGAGCUGCUUUCUGCCACAGUAGCCAGCACGACCUCUGACUUGUCCGUCAUGACUGAGUGCCAGCACCAACUCUCCCUCUUUGAACCAUAUCGGUAUGAUGGUAUCGAUGAAAGGCUCAGGAUCCGACUAGGUGGCAUCGAAUAUAUUGGUCCAUCACUGGAAACAAUUUCGUUGGCCACUCUCGGAGACCCUUCUGACGGUAAAUUCAAUUAUCCAGUCGAGAAACGCAAGACACGCGAGAAUACAGAGAUGAUGCAACUUGCUGAAAAAAACCUGGAUAAAUACUGGGAGAAGAUUGAUGAUGUUCUCACCCCCAAAGAUAUAUGCAAGCCAUUAUCUCAAAUGUACUUUGAACUGGAACUCCGCACGCAACAAACUGUCAACGACGGGAAAACAUCACCAGGCAAAACAAAGGUGAAAACACGGGGCAUACCUGACCAGGCCGAGCUCCAAGUAGAGACGACAUAUGAAACAACCAAGGCCCCCGAUCUCCAGCCGACUUUCACUGUUGAUAAGCGUGCCUAUAAGGUAUUUUCCACAAUCUUCUAUCAGUCCUCCCGCAUAUCAAAACCAGGGGAGGUUCCCUGGUCCGAGUUUUUGCAUGCCAUGAGCAUAACCGGGUUUGCAGUUGAGAAAUUGUACGGCUCUGUCUGGCAGUUCACACCGUCUACUUCGGAUGUGGAGCGGAGUAUUCAGUUUCAUGAACCGCAUCCUGGUAGCAAGAUGCCGUAUCGAAUGGCCAAGCGAUAUGGACGGAGGCUGUCUAGGGCUUAUGGGUGGAACGCGGAUCUAUUUAGGGUUGUUGGGUGA